AUGCAGGAACGCGUGAGAGGCCAGCGACUUUUCACCACCAAAUCUGUGCUCCUCGCGUCUCUCCAGAUCCUCGCAAGUGCUGCUCAAAUAACAGCCAUCGAUGAACCAACGGCAACAACAACCAUUUACAUUCCUGCAACUAAGAUCUACUAUCCUCCAUCGACAUCGACCCUGACCCCUAUUGACAACCCAGAUCGCUGGGUAAUUCCAUUAGUUGGACUAUCAGAUGAUACAUCACUCCCGUGGGGCGCAAAUGUCACCACUAAGAAUGGCACGGCGACUCCCUAUGCCAUAUCCAUUCAAGCAGGCACCAGAGACGAUGGUAGCGAGAAAGACAACGCGGCGCUGUGGAAUCAAACACACCACAACUUCACCCAAGCCAGGUUCAUAGGCGACCUCAAAGGCAACCAUGUCAAUCUAUCCAUGCCCCGAAGCGACCAGCAUGUCCUGAACCUGGGUACAAAUCACAAUUUGUCGCUGGCAGUGAGAGGUUCUGAUGCGGAGAUUCGCAUCCCGACAGUCCCUUUCGGCUUGAACAUCGGCCAUGCAGGCGAGUGGAACGGAUCGCUCGCCCUGGGUGGGUUCUACGACGCCAACCGUCUCACCGACGAUGCGACCUCCUGGAUCUCCAUCGCAGAAACCAUGAACAACAACGGCACGUUCCUGCAAACCGGCAAGCAGGCCCUCUCCGUGGUCAUUCUUCGCGUCUGGGAGUAUAAUCCCCGCCCGAGCAAUUCCACGGCCAAGGUCAAACGCUCCGGCCCCUUUUCGGUCUCGGACGAGUCCGAGCCCAGAGCCGAGUAUCCCGCACGGCUGGACCUCAGCAGCGAAUCUCUCGUGCUGCCACGCGACUGGUGCGGUCGCAACCUCACCCUAGAAUUCAACAUGUUCCCCAACCGGGUCGCGAGUCUGUCCAGUUCGAUCUUGAUCGGGAUUCCGGGCAACCUGACCGACUCCCGCAGCCGCUGCAGCUUCGAGGAAGAUACCCAGGAGAUUGUCCUCGGUCGUCCUUUCUUCCAGGCCGCUUAUCUCUAUGUGGAUCAAUCGGGCGAGGUGCGGAUCUUACCGGCUAAUCAGUACGACCUCCCUCCCAAGCCUGUCGAGUUCAACGCCAGCGCCCGGCCGGUCUCUCCAGAUCGACGCACGUCCAGGUAUAGUCCUGGCGCUGCGGGAGGGACCCUGGUAAAAGACAGUGCCGGCGAUCGAAGUCUGCCUAUUGAGACUGCAAUCCAUGGUGCUCUUGCCGGGUUGCUGAUACUUGCCGGCUUUGCGUUUUUGCUCUAG